UCUUAUAAUAUAUAUAUAUAUAUAGUGAACAAACUAUAUCUCCUUUCAAGAUAAUCACACGUUCGUAAAACUGUCACGUACAUGGUUGUAACUCUUAAAGAAAUCAAGACACAUUUCAAAUUCUUGGUGGACCGAUCGACUCAUUGUAUACUUGUCGUGAGAUAUAAACGUCCAUAUUUGUCAAUGGGUCUUACAUAGCACGUGGAAAUUGUUUCAGAAACCAUGUAGAAUCAUACAACCAUGGAGAGCUUGAUGUUCAACCUGAAGUAUAAAAUAAAAAUUGAUUAUCUAGUAAAUAACCUUGAAUCAAAUGGUUGUUCCUUUUUUUGAGCAACAGUUAGUGUUAAUUCUUGGAUGAUUCUGUGGAACAUAAACAAAAAAUCAUGAAAAGAUAAUAGCACAUUAUAAACUUAUAGUAACUUUUAAUUUAUGUAACGGUGGUGGAGAGUUGGAGGGCCAAGGUCACGGGCCCCGACAAGUGUUGGCUGUAACGCUCCGUAUAGUAGUGUUGAAUGAUUUUUAAUUUUUCUUUUUAAGAAAAAAGAGGUUAAGUAGUGGAACUCACAUGAACAUUUCUAUUACUUUACUCAAUCACUUCUUCUUCUCUAAUCUCGAUCUCUUUUAGAAAGAAAAAAAACUUAAAGUAAAAAGACUAAUCUGAAUCUGCAAUAACCUGAAAAAGCUUUGUGUGUUGUCUCUUUUCUUUUUGCCACUUUUUAUAGAUUCCCUUUUCAAGUUAUGUUACCAAAGUCAAACCCCUAAUUACACCUAGUGACUUGUAUUUUGGUUCAAAAAAUUGGGUAAAAAGUUAAAAACCAAAACAAACAAAGCGAAAAUCCAACAAGAGUAAGACCAAAGCGAUAAAAGGCGAAAAUCUGAAAAGGUCAAAAUCUCAUCACCACAAAAAGCGACCAGAACAAUGCCUCUUUUCUCUGACGUCACUAGCACGUUUGCAUAUAAAAAGGAACAGAUCCAUAGAAUUAAAAAAAAAAACUAUGAUUAUACAAAAAAUAGCUAUAAAAUAUCUAGCUUAUGUGUAGAUAAUUUCUUUUUGAUCUAAUAAUCUAAAUUAUUAUAGUUUUUGUAGGAUAAGUACUCAAAAUUAUUCAAACAUUAUCACAUGGCUUUGUCAAUAGAACAACAACUUCUUGUUCUUUAAUCACCAGUUAGCUCUAAACCACACUCACAUGAGGCAUGCGCGUGAGGGCGAGUGAGGUUGACUUCACCAUCACUUCCCCCCAAUUAAAUCUCAUUAGGUCCACUGUGGGACCCUUUCAAACUAAAAACCCGAAAACCCUCGUGAAUCUCACCGUCACGCGCUUUUCCCCUUAUCACCUUCUUCUUCUAUGGAAUGAAUCCAAAACUUCUUCUCAAAUCUUCCCAAAAUGCCAUCACCCCCCUCUCCGCCGGUUCAUAACCGUUUCCAGACGCUUCCGGUUAUCCUAACCGGUUCCCUCGCCUUAACCGGAGCCUUACUCGUCCUCCUAACCAUCCUCCUCUACCGGAAACUCUCCCGUAACCGCACCGCUCCCUCGGAUGCCUCUCCUCAGCACUACCAAUGCCGCCGCUUCUCCUACUCCCAGCUCCGCCGCGCGACGAACUCGUUCUCCGACUCCUCCCAGCUCGGCCACGGCGGGUUCGGCACCGUCUACAAAGCCGAUCUCCCUAACGGAACCUCCCUCGCCGUCAAGGUCAUGGACUCCUCCGCCGGGGCCUUACAAGGCGAGCGCGAGUUUCACAACGAGCUCUCUCUCUCCUCUCACCUCACCGCCUCUCCUCACGUCGUCUCCCUCCUCGGAUUCUCCUCCGAUCGGCGUAACCGGAGGCUCGUGCUGGUCUACGAGCUCAUGCCUAACCGGAGCUUGCAGGAGGCGCUUCUUGGGGCUCUCAAGUGCGAGGAGCUUAUGGAUUGGAGGAAAAGGUUCGAGAUUGCGAUUGAUGUUGCUAAGGGGAUUGAGUUUCUUCACCACCGGUGUGAUCCGGCGAUCAUUCACGGUGAUGUGAAGCCGAGUAACGUCCUUCUUGAUUCCGAUUUCAAGGCAAAGAUCGGAGAUUUUGGUCUGGCGAGGGUAAAGUCUGAGUCUUUGGCUUUGGUGAGUGGUGGUGGGGACGAGACUAGGAUUCUGAUUGAGGAAGAUGAUGAUGACGGGAAGAGAAAGGAAGAUGAUAACGGGUCGAUUCUUGAGGAGUGUGAGAGUGUGAUUACUCUGUUCGAAGAGGGCAACGCCGUGAGUUUCUCGCCGGAGAAUGGGAUUGGAGCUUCUCCGGGGGUGGGAUCGGUGGUUUCGCCGGAGAAUUGUGGAAGUAGCGUUUUCACGGCGUCUCCGGGACCGGCAUUGAUACCCUCGCCGGAGAACUGUGCUGUAACGUCUCCGGCGACGGAGAAUGGUUGCGGAAGCAGCGUUUGCACGGCGUCUCCGGGAGGGGGAUUGAUACAGUCGCCGGAGAAUUGUGCUGUUAGCGUCUUGACGGCGUCUCCGGGAGCGCCAUUGAUACCCUCGCCGGAGAAUGGUGCUGUUAGCGUCUUGACGGCGUCUCCGGGACAGGCAUUGAUACCCUCGCCGGAGAACUGUGCUGUUACGUCUCCGGGAGGAGAAUCACCGGAGAAAAUGAGUGUGGAGAGUGGUGGGAAGCAAAAGGUGGGCUCGAGGAGAGAUUGGUGGUGGAAACAAGACAACAACGGUGGAAGCAGACGAGUGGUUGAGUCAGGGAGUGUGAAAGACUAUGUGAUGGAGUGGAUUGGGAGUGAGAUUAAGAAAGACAACAAGGAGUGGAUCAAAAACGGUGAUGGGUCAGCAUCGUCAUCAAUCUCUAAGAAGAAGAAGAAGAAGAGGAAGCCUAGAGAGUGGUGGAAGGAAGAGUUUUGCGAGGAGCUAACUCGAAAGAAGAGGAAGAAGAAAAAGAAAAGAGGGUUAAGCUCAAUCUCAAGCAUUGAAUCUUGGUUUCACAGAGACAAUGAUGAUGAACAGUCUCAUAAUCCUACCAAGAGGAAAAAGAGGAAUAGUAUAGACUGGUGGGUAGAUGGGUUAAGCGGAGAUUUAAAAUCAGUUAAAAAACAAAGUCAAGAUUCUGGUCUAUGGUGUGAUGUGAAUGUUCAGAAGAGCGGUGGAGUAAGCAGCACACCGAGCAUGAGAGGCACGGUGUGCUACAUUGCACCGGAAUGUGGUGGAGGUGUGUUGUCUGAGAAAUGCGAUGUCUACAGUUUCGGGGUUCUGCUCUUGGUUCUUGUCUCCGGGAGACGGCCGUUGCAGGUGACCGCGUCGCCUAUGUCGGAGUUCGAGAGGGCUAAUCUGAUAUCAUGGGCUAAGCAGUUGGCUUGUCAUGGUAACUUAUUGGAGUUGGUUGAUAAGUCUAUACAUUCUUUGGAGAAGGAGCAAGCGGUUCUUUGUGUUACUAUUGCGUUGCUUUGUCUGCAAAGAUCUCCGGUUAAGAGACCGACGAUGAAGGAGAUUGUUGAGAUGCUUACCGGCGCGUCUGAGCCACCGCAUUUGCCGUUUGAGUUCUCGCCGUCUCCGCCUAUGGGGUUUCCAUUUAAGUCAAGGAAGAAAGCACGGUGAAGAUGAGCCUCAAACAAGUGUAGAUUUGUCUGGUUCAAAAACACUAAACCAAUUGCUAGUUGUAGAAGCUGUUUAAUUCCAUAACAUUAGAUUCUUGCUAAUAGUGUUAUGAAGAUUAGUAUGUCAUUGCAAGACUAUUUCAACUACUAAUGCAGAAUCUAUUAUUCAGACCACCUUUUUAACCA